AUGGCGAGAGUCGAUACGCCUGACGUCUCUGACGAUGAUUUUGCCAUGAUCAACUCGGCCACCUCUGACGGUCCCGCAGCCUCUUACCAGACGCCCGAACUCAUAAGUCGCCUCCCACGAAGCCCAAAGCCAGCGCCUUCAAGGCUGAAUUCGGAUGAUGAUGCCGCUGCUGAGCAAUCUCAAAGUUAUUUUCUUGAUGGAACUAUUCCCUCAAUUUUUAAUUCUCAGGGGAAAGACGGCAAUCUCUCGAGUUACUUCGGCGAUGUCCCAGGCCUAAAGUAUGGUAAAUCACUGUACAAGAAGCUGAGUACCAAAGACGAUGUCUUGAUCGCUGUAAUGGGUAUGACCGGCUCAGGAAAGACAACGUUCAUUUCAAAUGCGACCGGGCGAAAAGAUCUCAAGAUCGGUCAUGAUCUUACUUCAUGCACCCAAGAGAUACAGAUUGUCGAGACCGUCAUCGACGGCCACACAGUCCGUUUCGUUGAUACCCCGGGGUUCUCAGAUACCUAUCUCUCAGACACCGAAGUUCUUGAAAUGAUUGCGGACUACCUAGCAGCUGGAUAUUCCAAGGAGCUACGCCUAUCGGGAAUCAUAUACCUCCACCCCAUCUCGGAUAAUCGUGUCACCCAUCAUGCCACAAAAAACCUCGACAUGUUCCGCAAACUGACGGGCGAGAAAAACCUCAAGAAUGUGGUCCUGACAACCAGCAUGUGGGAUAGAGUCGCGCCAGAAGAGGGUCAGAAGCGUGAACAGGAACUCAAAGGCAAAUUUUGGAAUGUUUUGAUGGCAUUUGGCGCAAUUUAUUCUCGACACGAUGGAUCCGCCGAGUCUGCCAAGGAAAUCGCGUCCAUGUUUGUAGACAACAAACCGUUUUACCUACAGCUGCAAGAAGAGAUGGGGAAAGACAACAAAGCGCUCAAAGACACUGCUGCAGGAAAGGAGAUCAUGGCUGAGCUCAGUCGGAUGAAGGAGCAGCACCAGAAAGAACUCACUGAGAUGAAGGAGAUGCUUUUGCGGACUUCGGCUGAAGAGAACAAGGCUGCUGUAUCGGCUCUUGAACAGCAUUAUAAGAAGAUGCUGAAAGACAUGGAGAAGACUCUUUCAGAUGAGAGGAGGAUGAAUGAAGAGGCUGUUAAGUCGCUGACAGAGAGGAUCAGCGCUCUUGAGAAGAGGGGCAUGUGUUCUGUUAUGUAA